AUUGUUAUCGAUAAACGUAUGAAAAUUUAGAAAACCUAGUAGGCAAAAUAGAUAAAAUCAAUUGUUAGUUUAAAAAAUGGGGAUACUAAGAAAAACAUUAAAUUGGUAUGCUAAAUUAUCACCCAGUCGCGGUAUAGUAAAUCCUCCAUAUGAACACAUUGUGCAGAUAGGCGAUCCUAGGUUACGUAAAAUAUGCGAUCAAGUUCCUAUUGAGGCUAUAAAAACGAAUGAAAUUCAAAAAUUAAUUAUUAUAUUGGAACAUAUGCUUAAUAAGUAUGGAAGUGUUGGAAUGUCAGCUCCUCAGGUGGGCAUUAAUAAAAGAAUUUUCGUCAUGAGACACACUGCGAAGCAAAUUAAAUCCGAACUACCAGAAAUUGUGAAAAGCAGAAAUAUGUACGAAGUACCAUUCACUGUUUUCAUUAAUCCAGUUGUCAAAGUACUGGACUAUAAUAAAGUAAUAUUUCCUGAAGGAUGUGAAAGUAUAAAAUCAUUUCAAGCAGAUGUUGCAAGACAUCAAUCUGUUGAAGUAACAGGUUACAAUGAAGUAGGAGAGCAAAGCACACAACAGUACAGUGGCUGGCCGGCCAGAAUAGUUCAGCAUGAAAUGGACCACUUGAACGGCAAACUAUAUACUGAUGUUAUGGACAGAAAGACGCUACAGUGCGUAUGUUGGGAGGAAAUCAACUUGAGUAAAGGAAAGGUUGCUAUACUAUAUAGCCCAUAGAACAAUAAAUUAUUAUGUUAA